GGAGAGUCGAAGUCCUUCUUUCCCGAAGAGAUCUCGUCGAUGGUGUUGGUGAAGAUGAAAGAGAUCGCGGAGGCAUACCUGGGCGGACAGGUGUCGAAUGCUGUGGUGACAGUUCCGGCCUAUUUCAACGACAGUCAGCGUCAGGCGACCAAAGACGCCGGAACUAUCAGUGGUCUCAAUGUCCUGAGGAUUAUCAAUGAGCCGACGGCGGCCGCCAUUGCGUACGGACUCGACAAGAAGGGUCAGGGAGAGCGCAAUGUCCUCAUCUUCGACUUGGGCGGCGGUACGUUCGACGUGUCGAUCCUCACCAUCGAAGACGGCAUCUUCGAAGUGAAGUCGACGGCCGGAGACACCCAUUUGGGAGGCGAGGACUUCGACAACCGAAUGGUCAACCAUUUCGUACAGGAGUUCAAACGCAAACACAAGAAGGAUCUGGCGGUGAAUAAGAGAGCGCUGCGUCGGCUGAGGACGUCCUGCGAGCGCGCGAAGAGGACCCUCUCGUCCUCCACUCAGGCGUCCAUCGAAAUCGACUCACUCUUCGAAGGCAUCGACUUCUACUCGACGGUCACGAGAGCGCGCUUCGAAGAGCUGAACGCAGACCUGUUUCGCUCGACUCUGGAUCCGGUGGAGAAGUCUUUGAGGGACGCCAAACUCGACAAGGCUCAGGUGCACGACAUCGUACUGGUCGGGGGGUCGACACGGAUUCCCAAAAUCCAGAAACUGCUUCAAGACUUCUUCAACGGCAAGGAACUGAACAAAAGCAUUAAUCCGGACGAAGCCGUCGCAUACGGGGCCGCAGUUCAGGCGGCGAUUCUGAACGGCGACAAGAGUGAGGCCGUGCAGGACCUCCUACUGCUCGACGUGACCCCUCUGUCGCUGGGCAUCGAGACUGCGGGCGGAGUGAUGACGACUCUUAUCAAACGCAACACAACGAUCCCGACCCGUCAGACGCAGACAUUCACGACGUAUUCAGACAAUCAGCCGGGAGUUCUGAUUCAGGUGUAUGAGGGCGAGCGAGCCAUGACUAAAGACAACAACCUUUUGGGCAAAUUC